UUUAGACGCGCUACACUGCCAUUAUUCUUUCCCCGCACCAUGAGAACGAGAAGAUGAGAUGUUAAAAGGGACACAAAUGGAUUACUCGCACAGAUGACAGAAUGGACUCUGUGGAAAACAGCAGCAUGAAGCAGCAGCGCGCGUCCUCGCCAGCCAGAUUCAAAGAUUCGCCGUCCAAAGCGGCUUCCAAAAGCGCGUCUGGCAAAGCCUCCGGCGGCGUGUCAAAGAGCGGCGGUAAGAGCAGCCGCAGUAGUUCUCCGGUCACCAGCAAAGACCGGCAUGCGGCCCGAGGCGCGGCAGCUGUCCACGGCAGUGGAGCAGAAAGCCCGACUCUGAGAUGCGCGGAGAAGAGCAAGAGCAUCGAGGAGCGCAGCAGCUCCUCCGAGGAGCCCUACGCCACCGACGAGCCGGGCCUGGGGGUGGUGUCCGAUCAGCCGAGCUCCACCAAAUCCUCUCAGGGCAAGAGAGAGACGGCGAGAGCCGAUGGAGGCAAGACGGCCAAGAGCGCAGUAGGCUGCGGCCCGGGCUUCUGGAGGGAGGGAUGCUUGCAGUCUGAGCUCAUACAGUUUCACAUGAACAAGAGCUUGAAGAAAGAAAGCGGCCUGCCGGCGAAGACGCCGAGCUCACCGCUAACGGAGCCGCAGCUGCCGCCCGCCAACGCAAACCGGCCCUCAGAGGCCUCACCUCCACCAAACCUGGAGCUGCAGGAGGACAUCGAGAGACUGGAGGACGAGAACGAAUACCUGAAGCAUGAAAUUGAAGAAAUGCGAGCGGAGAUGGAUGAAAUGAGGGACACGUUCUACGAGGAAGACGCCUGUCAGUUGCAGGACAUGCGGCGUGAACUGGAGAGAGCCCAUAAGAACUGCAGGAUCCUUCAGUAUCGCCUGCGAAAGACAGAGAGGAAGCGAAUGCGAUACGCAGAAACCGGUGAAUUUGAUGGGGAACUGCUGACUUUGCUUGACAGUAAAAAGACAACAACAUCUGUAAAAUGUUCAUUCCUCUACCAGGUGGCCAAGGAUGUGUCUGUGCGUCUGCACAACGAACUGGAGAAUGUGGAGGAGAAACGAACGAGAACAGAAGAAGAGAAUGAAAGACUGAGGCAACAGCUGAUUGAAGUGGAGGUGACCAAACAGGCUUUACAGAAUGAGCUGGAAAAGACCAAAGAGCUCUCUCUGAAACGAAGAGGAAAAGAUGUACAGAAAUCAGAGAAGAGGACUCCACAAACCCCAUCAGAGGAGGAAAAUGAAGAUCUGAAAUGCCAGUUGGCCUUCAUCAAAGAGGAGGCUAUCUUAAUGCGGAAGAAAAUGGCUAAGAUAGACAAAGAGAAGGACCGUUUAGAGCAGGAGGUCCAGAAGUACCGCUCCUUUUACGGUGAUGUAGACAGUCCUCUCCCCAAAGGCGAGGCUGGAGGUCCUCCCACCACCAGAGAGUCCGAGCUGAAGCUGCGUCUGCGGCUGGUGGAAGAAGAAGCCAAUAUAUUAGGCCGCAAAAUCGUGGAGCUGGAAGUGGAAAACCGCGGGCUGAAGGCAGAGCUGGACGAUAUGCGCGGGGAUGAGCUGUCUGGAGGGACGAUGGACCCCUCGUCUAGAGAGCAGAGCGAGGCGCUGUCCGAACUUCGGCAGCAGCUUCAGUUGGUGGAGGACGAGGCUGAGCUUCUGCGCCGCAGUUUGUCUGACGUGGAAGAGCAGAAUAAGAAGAUGACCAGCGAGCUCAACAAGCUCAAAUACAAGGCCGGGUCACACGAGGGAUCGCGCUUUAGCAGCGCAGUGGUCGAUGGAGCGAAAUUUGAAGCCCUGCAGGAAGAGCUAAAAGCCGCUAGGCUGCAGAUCAACGAACUGAGUGGGAAAGUGAUGCAGCUGCAGUAUGAAAACCGUGUGCUGCUGUCCAACAUGCAGCGCUACGAUCUGGCCUCUCAUCUCGGCAUCCGCAGCAGCCCGAGAGACAGCGAUGCAGAGAGCGACUGCGGCCGCAGGGAAAGCGACGAUGACUGCUCUCGCCUCACGCCGCAUCGCAAACGUGAGGGUCCCGUCGGUGGAGAAAGCGACUCCGACGAAGUCCUCAACAUCCGGUGCCUGACUCCCACGCGCUCCCUUUACACCCCUGAGGGACGUUUUUUAUCCAGAGGUUUCAAAGACCGCCAGCAGAUGAUUGAUAUCCGGAUGGAGGCGGAGAGAUUGAGUAGGACCAUCGACAGACUCAUCGCUGAUACCAGCACCAUCAUCGCAGAGGCUCGUGUUUACGCCACCAACGGAGAGCUGUUUGGAAGAAUGGAUGACGAUGACGAGGGCAGUCGGAUACGAGAGCACGAGCUGCUUUACCGCAUCAAUGCUCAGAUGAAAGCCUUCAGGAAGGAGCUGCAGAACUUCAUUGACCGCCUGGAAGUCCCGAAACCAGAAGACCGAGAAACUGAAGAGCCUCUGUCAAUGUUUCAACCUAUUAUUUUGCUUAUUCUCAUCCUUGUCUUAUUUUCAUGUUUAUCAUAUGCCACAAUUUUCAAACUAGUCUUUCUUUUCACUCUUUUCUUUGUUCUGUAAACUUUCGUUUUUAAUUUAUACUACCGUUUUGUUGCUUUCUUCCUUUUCUUUUUUUUCUGCUUUCUUAAUUUAUCAUAUGAUUUUGGACAUGUCAUUAAGGUUAUGGAAGGUACAGGAAGUGAUCAUCAUUUCAGGCACAGAAUACAGUCACUCAACCAAACACAAGCUUCCGUUCAA